AUGAGUCGCAGUGGCUGGAUGCGCGGCAGAGCCCCCCUCCUGUCCGUCACGAUGGCGGCGAUGGUGCACCCGUACCUCAGAUCGCUGGCUCCCCAUCGACUGAGAGUGUUUUCGUCUCGCGGACGGCCUCUGCACUUGGAUGCAAAGCGAAAGCCGCCAAUGCCCGCAAGUUCCGCUUCGUACCAUGUGGCUGCCAGCUGGUUGGGAUGGGAACUUGAAGAGAUGGUGCAGGAUCCCAUCUUUCCGGGUUUCUACUACCUCGACGUGGAGCCACAGCAUGGCGCCGAUUGCUACCGGUACGCUGAUGAACAGUUGGAGUACGGUAGCGAGUUCCAAAUCGUGCAAGAUGCAGAUUGGAGCCUAGUCAUCCAUCCGCUUCAAGAGCAGGCAGAUAUUUCCUGCGAUCCGGCCGGACCCGACUCUCGGGGUCAUGGACUCAACUGGUUUGUGAGUAAUGACGGUCUUCCUGCAUUCCGCAUCGAGCUCCUUGCGGGUGCCAACAUGCAGGUGGCGGUGAGGUAUGAGUAUGAGACUUAUGUUCUGUCUGGCUGCGAGACCGAUGAGACUGGCCGGGACAAAGUUGUUCAGGCUAGGUUUGAAGCCAUGGAGGAGGCCGCGUGCCAGGGGCGCUGGCAGGAUGUGUUGUUCAGCCUGACAUCGCUGCAAAAGUGGGGUCCCAGGCCCAGUGCCAAGACUCUGGGCUUGGGCAUCAAGGCCUGCACCAGCAGCCAGAGCACGGACGUGUGGCAGCAGGCCAUGUUGCUUCUUGACCAAAUGUGGGCAGCGGAGCAGCCUGGUGCAAGCCCCUCACGGCAGGACUAUGCCAGCUUGGUGCAGCUUUGCCGGUGUGCAGGACUGGAGAAGGCUGCCGUGCAGCUGGAGUCUGAGGUGGCCCACUGGGGCUCGGACGAGGUGCAGUUCCAGAUUGUUCCGGGCUUCAUCUGGAACCGCCAGGUGCGCAUGCUGGGGGGCAUCGUGCAGAACUCGAUGUCCUGGACCCUGGGCACACCCAUCCCGGCUGCCAGCCAGCCUGCCUGGAUCUUGCCCUGUACGGAUCGGGCAGCGAUAGAGAUCGCUCAGCAGCAGCAGAAAUGGGAGGAGGCUGGCUGGCGAGUCCUUGCCUGUGAGCCUGGCCUUGUGGAAACUUUGGAUGACAAGGCCAAGCUCUUUGAGUACGCUCAGCGGUUGGGAAUCUGCAGCUACAUGCCGCAGCGGUACACCUCGGUGGAAGGGGCCGCGUAUCCAUGUAUGUUGAAACCUGCAUCUGGCCAGUACGGGGAAGGCGCUCGAAUCGUGAAUGGCUCUGAGGAUGUGCGGUGUGUUGUGGGAGUCGACUGCGUGAGUAUUGGAGCCGAUUGGGUGUUGCAGGAGCUUAUCCCCGGGGAGUAUGAGUUCUCAACUUCACUGCUGGUCUGGCAUGGGCAGAUCUUGGAUUCCGUUACGAUGAAGUAUCAGUAUGAUGGCAUGGAGUACAUCUGGCCACACGUGCGCGAGAUUUCCAAAGAGCUGUGCGAAGUUCCUGCCAAGCACCUUCAGAUCAUGGCAAAGUUCCUGACUGGCUACAGUGGCAUUUGCAACUUCAACUACAAGCGGCGGCCAGACGGAAGGUUACUGGACAACCAAGUCUUAGCCAGGCCCUGCAUCUUCGAGGUCAACCCCCGCAUCGGGGCUGAUCUGGCCGGUGACGUGCCGAAGCCACGAGCACGAGCGUUCUUCGACCAACUCGCGCAGAUAGGUUUCAAAAAAGAGAGCUCGCAGACCUGUGUCAGCGAAGUUGGCGCGAUCUGUGGCAGACUGACAUUUGUUGGCCCGACGCGGCUUUGUGGAAGCAUUGCGGUGCUUUGA